GAGUUUUGAUAAAUAAGCUUGGUUUAUUUUCAUUUUUUGUUCUGAUUUUAUGUUGUUUAUAUAUUUCUUGUUUUGAUCUGAUUUUAUUGUGCAUUUGAUUAGUUUUCGGUGGAAACAACAUCCCUCAUUUUAAAUGCCUUUUCUUCAAGGUCCAGGUCCCAUUAGGAGGACUCUUCCUUAUUUAAAAUCUGGAACGCUCAUCUUCAAAGACAGAGUUAAAAUCAUGGAGAUUCAUUGUAAUUGGUAUCCUAGAAGACAUGCCGUUGAACAUUUAGUUAAAUAUGGUAAUGCACAUGAAGGUUUAAAUUCAUUUCAUUUUUGGAAUGUUCCUCAAAUUCAGUAUCAAAAUCCUGAUGUUCAAAUUAUUAGAUUCCUCGACAUGACACCCAAUCCAUUCAUCAGGUGCUGGUUAGACAGUGGUAAAAAUGUAUUGUUUGAUUGUUAUGAAAAAACUAGAUACGAAAUUUUACUUCAACUAGCAAAGACGUUAGGAAAAUCUAAAGAACGAUUGAAAAUGGAAAGUGAUAGAGCUAAAGAUGCUCAAGACUAUGACAACCCAGCUCAUUUUGGAUUCAACAAGAAACAAUUUUGUAUUUGCGAAGUUCCAGGUCAGGUGCCGUGUCCAGGAACUUGCGAGUUGCCUAAAAAGUAUUUAGGAUAUUAUAAUCAAUAUAAACCCGAAGAACUGGAAAAAUGGAAUCAAGAUUUAGAUGCUCCUUAUUUGACGGAAAAACAAAAGCAGACAAAGUUCCAUUGGUUCCCUCCACAUGCUAAACCUGUUAUAGAAAAUCUACCUGAUAUUGAGAAACCUUUCCUCCGUGAGUUCGGAAAAACGCCUGGUAAAGAUAUUGCUCCACCAGAGUCAUAUUAUGAAUGGAAAGCUAGACAAGAAAAGAAAAUGAAAUGAAAGAUUUUUCUCAUCUUAGAUUAGCAUUGUGUGUAUCAAUCUCGUCCUAUUCAUUUUGUUGUAAAGGGUGUUAAGGUUUAUUUCUUGCAAAAACAGGGGAAAGAAAAAAGAUCUUAUCUGAAGAUAGAGAUGAAAUCACAAAGAUAAAAGGUUAAUCAAAAUACCCAAGCAAAUGAAAGUGACCGAUUCAUAUUUAUCGCCAUGUUAUCACCAUUUUCAUCUUUAUUUUCAGAUAAGAUCGCUUUUACCUUUUUCUAUUCUGCAAGAAAUAAACCUUAACACCCUUUAAAAUCUUCAAUUAUAAAAAAUUCAGUUAUCAAAGAUCAAAUGAUAAUUCAUAAAUUAAAAUUACAGAAUUUAAUUAAAUGACGUUAGAAUUU